GUGCGCCUCCUGGAGCAGCAGAACAAGCUGCUGGAGACCAAGCUGCAGUUCUACCAGAACCGCCAGUGCUGCGAGAGCAACCUCGAGCCCCUGUUCAAUGGCUACAUCGAGACGCUGAGGCGGGAGGCCGAGUGCGUGGAGGCUGACAGCGGGAGGCUGGCCUCAGAGCUCAACCACGUGGAGGAAGUUCUGGAGGGCUACAAGAAGAAGUAUGAAGAAGAGGUGGCUCUCAAGACUACGGCUGAGAAUGAGUUUGUGGUGCUGAAGAAGGACAUUGACUGUGCCUAUCUGCGCAAGGCUGACCUGGAGGCCAACGUGGAGACCCUGAAGGAGGAGAUGAGCUUCCUGCAGUGCCUGUACGAUGAGGAAAUCUGCCUCCUUCAGUCACAAAUCUCUGAUACCUCGGUAGUGGUCAAGAUGGACAACAGCCGGGAGCUCAACAUGGACGCGGUUGUUGCUGAGAUCAAGGCUCAGUAUGAUGGCAUCGCCAGCCGCAGCCGGGCUGAGGUUGAGUCCUGGUACCAAACCAAGUGCGAGGAGAUGAAGGUCACAGUAACACGGCAGGGUGAGAACCUCCGCAGAACCAAGGAGGAGAUCAAUGAGCUGAACCGCAUGAUCCAGAGGCUGACAGCCGAGGUGGAGAACGUCAAGCAGCAGCGCUGCAAGCUGGAGACCGCCCUGGCUGAGGCGGAGCAGCAGGGCGAGGUGGCCCUUAACGAUGCCAAGUGCAAGUUGGUGGGGCUGGAGGAGGCCCUGCAGAAGGCCAAGCAGGACAUGGCCUGCCUGCUCAAGGAGUACCAGGAGGUGAUGAACUCCAAGCUGGGCUUGGAUGUGGAGAUCGCCACUUAUCGCAAACUGCUGGAGGGCGAGGAGAGCCGGUUGUGUGAAGGUGUGGGCUCCAUCAACAUCUGUGUGAGCCGUUCCCAGGGUGGCGUGAUCUGCGGGGACCUUGGUUCCACUGUCCCUCGUGGCCUGGGUGGCAUGGCCAUCAGCAGCAGUGCUCUUUGCUCCCCCUCUGUAGGGGGAGCCUGUUCCAGUGUGAGAUCUGUGAGGUUUGCAUAGUGGGGGAUAGGACUCUGGACAGAUGGUGUCUGAGGGGGCCAGGGUGGAAAGUGGGGAACAGGGAAAACUUUGCUCUCUCAAGCCCAAAUGUCAGUUUAGUGAUUGUCCCCUACUAGGGAGCCAGAACUAACUCUCCAGGUUCCUUCUCACUGGAGUUACGGUUUACUCUUUGAGUGUCAACCCUGGGUUUGGCAUUCUUGCCACCUCCAUUGAUUCUCCCCCUUCCCUGUGGUCCAAGAAAAGAUGUAAAGACUUUUUGAUAUAAACUGCCUAGUCAUUUUCUUCCCUAACUUCAGGUUAGUAGACAUUUACUAAGAACUGACCGUGUGCCAGGCCCUCUGGGCAGGGGCCCAGGUAGCAGGUGGCAGGGCAUGGAUGCACCCUUGUGCUUUGCCCUUGGACAACGGACUGUUCAUGGCCCAGCAGCACUGAAGGGGCAGCAGAGGGAGUGGGGCAGGGUUCUGGGAGUCCCCUCACUUGAUCUGAGAGACUGUAUGUUCCCAGAGCAUCCCUCAACCAUGUGGUGGUCAGGAUGGAGAGACAGGCUAAUCUUCCCGGGUUUUUAUUAUUGGUGGUUUGUAAUUUUAUUGUAUUGGGGUGAUUCCUGUAUGGUUUCUUCUUUCUUUUGGUGUGCAUGAUUAAAUGUCAUGGUAAACAUUUUCUCCUCUAA